UUCAAGCUCCCACCCAGUCUCCCGCCAAUCAGUCAAUAACGUUAGUGUUUAGAUUUAAUUUUGGCAACCGUUCUAAUAACAGCUCACUGGCACUGGCGUUGCCUAUCAACUUCGCUGGAUGAGGUUGUCAAAUGGAGUGAUUUCAAAUGGAGAAAAAAAAAGCCUGCAAAUCUGGAUAUGGAGUAUGUGAUAGAGCAGUAAUGAGUCAACCCAAUACUCCGGCAAAGUGGAACUCAAGGAUUCUGGACUGUUGCAUUGACAGGAGAGUCUGUUUGUGUGGUACCUUCUGUUCAAUGUGCCUAGCCUGUCAGAUGGCUGAGAGGUAUGGUGAAUGCUUCUGUCUCCCCCUGCUGCCAACAACUAUGAUGAUGAUGCGCACAUCAAUGAGAGAGAGAUACAACAUCCCGGGCAGCUUAAUUGAUGACUGGGCAGUGUACAUGUUCUGUGGGCCCUGUGCUCUAUGUCAGAUGGCAAGAGAGAUGAAACACCAGCUGUGUUGAGAUUGAAAGGCAAUCAAUCCAUUUGAGUUUUGGGGGUCUGUGCAUACCUAAUAAAAGAAGAAGAAAAACAUUGAUGGAUUUAUAUUACAUACAGUAUCUGAUGAAUUCCAAUUGAAUAAGUCAUGCAUGGAAUUUAGAAUUGUAAGUCGCUCUGGAUAAGAGCAUCUGCUAAAUGACUUAAAUGUAAAUGUAAAUGUAGAAAAAGGCAGAAUAAACCUGCAUGUAUGAUUAUACAACUUUUAUAUAUUGUGCACAACCAUAAUAAAUGUUUUUGUUUAUUUUCUUGCACAUGCAGCUGUCAA